GAGCACGUGGCGCGCGUGUGUGGCGGGGCGCUUGCGGGGGCGCGGCGAGCAGGUGAAGCUCGUGAUUGGAGGGGGCCGGCUGGCCAGGACGCCAGAGCCACCGGCCGCGGGCAGGGUCUGGCCUCUCAGCCCUGGGUUACUUCCACCUUCUUCCACAUUCCCUCCUCUAUCGCGUUCUGGAGAACUUUAGGCCCGGAAAGGACUUGAACAUCAAACUACCAAGUUCCUGAGGUGGGGAGAAGAGUGGUGUUGCUCACUUUCUCAUGGCCAAGUCUGCAAACCCUGCUGCACCUGCUCCCUCCUGGUGCAAAGGAAGAAUGACCCUUGAUCUGAGCCCCUGUCCCCAGGAUCCUUCCCCUCUUGCCUGCUCAAGGACUUGAUUUUUGUGGGUAUCCCCUACCUCCUGCACCAGUCUUGCCUUGCCUUUUGGAUCAUUCCUUUAGCUUCUAACAUCCUUUAGCCCACUGCUGCUUCCUGCUAUGGUGCCCACACUGCUGUUCUUACAGAAAUACUUCAAAAGGUGACUGCAGGAUGUGAGGGUGAUCUGCGCCAUCUGUCACGCGAUUUAUCUCCAGGUUGAUUUGGCUGCUCUGGCUGGCUAGGCGGGUGUCCUCUUCCUCCCUCGCGCUCUAUGUGCGUCCUACCUAAAGAUGCUCACUCAGUCCGAUAGAGGAGGACCAUUCUUCCGUCAAGGGUAUACGAGUAGAAGCGCUCCCCUGCUAAAACCUCCAAACAAGCUCUGCAGGUCCAAAAGGGGGCUGCAAAGACCUCUUCCAUCACUGUCUCCACCGCUUCACUCUGCAGGUGAGCGUGCCCGAGCUGGAGGACCAGCUUCUGUGUCCCAUCUGCCUGGAGGUCUUCAAGGAGCCCCUGAUGCUGCAGUGUGGCCACUCCUACUGCAAGUGCUGCCUGGUCUCCCUGUCCUGCCACCGCGACGCCGAGCUGCGCUGCCCGGUGUGCCGGCAGGCGGUGGACGGCAGCAGCUCCCCGCCCAACGUCUCCCUGGCACGGGUGAUCGAAGCCUUGCGGCUCCCCAGGGACCCGGAGCCCAAGGUCUGCGCGCACCACCGCAACCCGCUCAGCCUCUUCUGCGAGAAGGACCAGCAGCUCAUCUGCGGCCUCUGCGGCCUGCUGGGCUCCCACCAGCACCACCAGGUCACGCCGGUCUCCACCGUCUACAGCCGCAUGAAGGAGGAGCUCGCAGCCCUCAUCUCUGACCUCAAGCAAGAGCAGAAGAAGGUGGAUGAACUUAUCGCCAAACUGGUGAACAACAGGACCCGGAUUGUCAAUGAAUCUGAUGUCUUCAGCUGGGUGAUCCGCCGCGAGUUUCAGGAGUUGCACCACCUGGUAGACAAGGAGAAGGCCCGCUGCUUGGAGAGGAUAGAGGGUCACACCCGUGGCCUGGUGGCCUCCCUGGACAUGCAGCUGGAGCAGGCCCAGAGCACUCAGGAGCGGCUGGCUCAGGCCGAGCAUGUGCUGGAGCAGUUCAGUAAUGAGAGUCACCACGAGUUCAUCCAGAAGUUCCACUCCAUGACCUCCAGAGCAGAGCUGCAGCAGGCCCGGCCCUUGGAAGGUGCAUUCAGUCCCAUCUCCUUCAAGCCAGGCCUUCACCAGGCUGACAUCAAGCUGACUGUGUGGAAGAGGCUCUUCCGGAAAGUUCUGCCAGCCCCAGAGUCUCUCAAGCUGGACCCUGCCACCGCCCACCCCCUCCUGGAGCUUUCCAAGGGCAACACGGUGGUGCAGUGUGGGCUCCUGGCCCAGCGGCGUGCCAGCCAGCCUGAGCGCUUCGACUACAGUACUUGUGUCCUGGCCAGACAGGGCUUCUCCUGCGGCCGCCACUACUGGGAAGUAGUGGUAGGCAGCAAGAGCGACUGGCGCCUGGGGGUCAUCAAAGGCACGGCCAACCGCAAGGGCAAGCUGAGCAAGUCCCCGGAGCACGGCGUGUGGCUGAUCGGCCUGAAGGAGGGACGGGUGUACGAGGCCUUUGCCUGCCCAAGGGUGCCCCUGCCAGUGAUGGGCCACCCCCACCGCAUCGGGCUCUACUUGCACUACGAGCAGGGAGAACUCACCUUCUUCGAUGCUGACCGUCCUGAUGACCUGCGACCGCUCUACACUUUCCAGGCUGACUUCCAAGGCAAGCUCUACCCCAUCCUGGACGUGUGCUGGCACGAGAGGGGCAGCAACUCCCUGCCCAUGGUGUUGCCCCCGCCUGGCGGGCCUGACCCCCUCAUCCCCCCACAGCCCACCAAGCUCUAGGGCUGCCGUGGUCCCGCCUGUCCACAGGCCCAUCCCAGUGAGCACUGGGGACCCCAGGGGUUGCCCUGGGUCCUGAGGUGAUGUCAUCACUGUUUGGGAAGGUCUUCAUGCCUGUGUGUUCUAGAAGAUUUAAUAGUAGGGAGAAGGACCACAAGCCCUUUCCAGUCAGCCAGGGGAGCAUUUGUUAACUUCUGCCUGGGUGAGCAGAGCCAGGCCUUGGCACCCACAGGACACGCUGAGCUCCCCCGGCCCCUCCAGACAUGCUCUCCGUGCCGACUCUUCCAACUGAGGAUCAAACAUCCCAACACACCUUUUCCUUUCCAUUGUCAACUUUCUACAGCUAUUAAGGAUAAUAAAUUUGACAUUAUUUCUUUCUCAUUAAAUGACCAGCAAAUAUUAGUUGCUGUGCAUACA